CUGGCGGGGUGGGGCGGGGCCUGCGCGGCGUCCGGGGACCAUGUCCGCGCCGCCGCCGCUGCAGAUCCGGGAAGCGAACGCACACCUGGCGGCCUUGCACCGUCGCGCGGCGGAGCUGGAGACGCGGCUGCUGGCGGCGGAGCGCACGGUGCGCGCGCAGGCCGAGCGUCUGGCCUGCCACGACCAGCAGUUGCGCGCUGCCCUGGACGAGUUGGGCCGCGCCAAGGACCGGGAGAUUUCUGCCCUCCGAGAGCAGCUGCUGAGCUCUGAGGCCACUGUGCGCAGCCUGAAGGCCGCAGUGGACCAGAAGGACCAGGUGAUCCAGCAGCUUCAGCCCCGGGCUGACCUUCUGCAGGACAUCGCUCGCCGGCGCCCACCUCUGGCUGCACUGCUGGCCGCCCUGGAGGAGGCCGAGGGGCUGGGCCCCUUGCCAGCUAGCAACCCGGGCCAGCUACUUCCCGAUGGCCCCGGCCCACCUCUGGGCAACAGCACUGGGGGGGAGGAGGGCCAGGACAACCUGCAGCCUGCUGUGUUUGGGACCACAGUGUGAGCUCUCCUGGAGGAUCUCAGAACGUGUGGUCAGGGGCCCUCCUAGAGCCCAGGAGGGGACUUGGGACAUUGCUGGGAUCACAUCUAAACGUCCAAACAAAUGAAAGACCCAGAUCCUACUUAAAACCAUUUUCCCCAGUGCCGGGGUAUCUGCUACAUUCCACUGAUUUAAAUAGUUUCAAAAACAAACAAAAAGGCUGGGGUAGGUAGCUCAGUUAGCUGGAGCACGCACGAGGCUGAAAUCAGGUGAGGCGACAGGAUGCCAGUCAUCCCAGGCAGGACUAGUGAGAAGAUGGGGCAGUGGCUUUAAAGUGGGGUGUUUCCUGUUGGCGAUAGGGACCCUGGCAGCCAGGCCGGCCUCAGACUUGCUGUCUCAGGAGGGUGACCCGCAGCUCUGCUGGGUGACAGACAGGCUCCCACCACAGGCCCUGCCUUUGGGGGUUUUGUUUGUAUUUUGCUUUGAGAUGGGGUCUCCCUCUAUAGCCCAGGCUUACCUGGAAGCCACGGUCCUUCCAAAUGCUUCAAAUACAGGUGUGAGCCACCAUGCCUUGCUGAUGUGAGCCCCCCUCCCCUUUUUGCUCUUCUGUCUCCUGAGCCAUCCUUCAUGGGGCAGAAUCUCCUCUUCAUUUCAUGUUCCGCCCCUUCUGUGUGAGAAGACAAAUCAUUAACCUCGGAUCUAUUUCCCUUAGCUCCAUCCUUCCCUCUGGGAAGGACAGGUAGGUUGAGAUAUCAAAACCAAGGAUGCCUCUGCCUUUGCCACAGGGCCUAUGUACUGGCUGUUCCCUCUGCCUCCGUGCUUUCUCCCCAUUUCCAGUUUCUUGACACUCAGGUUUCUCUCAAAUGUCUCCUUCCAGAGGGGCCUUCUAACCAGCAUCCCUGAAGUAAUUCCUGCAGGCUGGUCACAACCCUACACUGUGAUUAUUUGGUUUGGUUUUUUUGAAGCAUAGUCUUGUGUAGCCCAGGCUGGCCUCUUUUUAUGUAGCUUGGGCUGGCUUUGAAUUUCUGAUCCUCCUGCCUCAGCAUCUCCAGUGCUAGGAUGACAGGCUUGUGCAGCUGCCCACAGCCCCAGCCUGGGACCAGCUUUCCCAUGGAAGGCAAAGGCUGUUAGGGACUUUUGCCUUCUGUCUUCAUCAGUGCCUGGCACAGCCCGGGAGGCCCUGCCAUAGCCAGGAGCCUUCUGAACAUCUGAUGAGCCCUUUCCCCAUCCCCGAGGACAAUGGUGUUUUUGUAGAAAGUCUCCUUUUGAUAACCUAAGAGAAUCUAUUUUUUUAAAACCUUGGUGUCUGUGCUGUCUAGGGCCUAAGAUGGUGAGGGCACACUUGAUUAGAGAGAGGAAGGGUCCCCACACAUCCGUCUGGUUUCAUGGUCCCAGUGCUCAAGGACUCCACGAGCAGCCACUGAGGAGGAAGGCGGGGCUGUUCCAAAUGCAAGGGCCUCCGGCCAUCCGGUCUCUGUCUGGAGUCUGACAGGGACCCUCAGUGUAGGAGACAGAGGCCCAUUUUAUCCUGGGGAGGGAGGGGAGAAGGGAGCUGUCUGUACAGGGAAAGGCGGGCUAGGGCCUGUCUGCACCAGAAUAAACCAGGUACUUUUCCCGCUGA